GCCCUGAGCGGUGCCGGUGUGAGCAGACACCCAGGCUCCAGAGGGAAGCGUUGGCCACGCGCAGGACGUGCUGCAGCCAUCAGGCUUGCAACAGCCUGUGGAUGCUGCUGCUGCUUUCUCGCCUGCAGCCUCUGGGGACGAGCAAGGCGCAGACUAAGGCGUUUCCCAUCCAAUGCACCAGCCCGGAGAAGGGGGAGGGCGCGCAGGGGAGGGAGCUGCCGGGUGACAGGCGGUCACAGGUGCUGCUGUUGCCUCUGAGUCACGGGAGAGGCGUCUCUGCGCCCCAACCAGCUGCUGCUCCCCCCCCCCCUCCCCCAGGCUGCUGCGGCUGCCAGCCCAGGCAGAGCCAACUCCUCACAGGCGGCCUUGCUUGCGGGAGGAGCAGCCACCGAGCCGCGCAGCCGCUGGGAAGGAGCUGACGCCCUGGGAAGCCGGAUGUCAUUUUUGCAGUGCAGUUCUGGAUUGGGUCAGUUUAAAAAUAAAUAUCUACUUGAAUGCUGCAUUUCUGAAUAGCUACGUAGCUGUGACUUGAAUGCAUCAAAGCAGAGUACUCAGCUGAAAAGAGAGCCUAUGGUACAGUGUAAUAUGGAUUGUCUGACAGAUUGUAAGUCAGGAACUCACCAAAGGGGUUUAUUAGGAUGCUAUCUAAAAGUAAAGCUGAGGGCCUGCUGCCUGCUACAGAUACAGAAAUCUAGAUGGGAUUUCAGAGAUAAGAGAUGGUUUUCUCAGGUUUUGGAAGUAAUAGAGUACUUGGUCACUGACUCCUCACCUGAAGGACAGUUGUAUGCUUAAACUUGGAAGGCUCUGCAUUGGGGUUCUUCAGCGCUCUUAAUUUCCAGAUUCUCUUUUGCAGAAGAAAUGGACCCUAUGUGUGAGAGCCAUCCAAGUCAAUAAUGUGACAACGAUAACAUUGAAAGUCUGCUGGAGAAGAAUCACUAAUUCCUAUAAGAAGUGGGUUGGUUUUUUUUCCCAUCCCUUAUAAAACAGACCACCUCAAAAUCUGCAAACAAAAUGCCAGCUAAGACACCCAUCUACCUGAAAGCUGCCAAUAAUAAGAAAGGGAAGAAAUUCAAAUUAAGGGAUAUUUUGUCGCCUGAUAUGAUCAGUCCACCACUUGGAGACUUUCGCCACACCAUACACAUUGGGAAAGAGGGACAACAUGAUGUUUUUGGGGACAUCUCAUUUCUGCAAGGAAAUUAUGAGCUGUUACCUGGGAAUGAGGGAUCACCAAGAGUUGGUCAGUUUGGUGGACAUAAUGAGUUCUUAAGGGCAAACAGCACCUGUGACUCCAUGUUUACAGAAACUCCUUCACCUGUGCUCAAAAAUGCCAUCUCGCUUCCUGCCAUUGGUGGUUCUCAAGCCCUUGUGUUGCCCUUAUUAUCACCAGUGACAUUUAAUUCAAAGCGGGACUCCUUUGGGCCAUCAAAGAAUCCAAGGCUUAGUUGUGCGCCAGUAAUGGAAGAAAAAUUGCGGGAGAAAAGCAAACAGUUAGAGAAUGGGGAAAUGUACAAAGAUGACAUCCUAUGGGAGCCGAACAGUUCUGGGUUGCAUUAUACUAAUGGCAGAGAGAGUCAUUCAUCCAGCCUUUCUGAACAAUGCACUGAUUGGCAAACGGUUGACUUACUUGAUGACAGUCAUCUCUCAUGUGAACUAACCAAGGCAGAGACUAAAUCAGAAGAAUCCCUUUCAGAUCUUGCAGGCUCGCUUCUUUCAUUGCAGCUUGACCUGGGACCCUCACUUCUGGAUGAGGUCCUCAAUGUAAUGGACAAAAAUAAAUCCUAGGACUGGUGUACUUUUUUGCCUCUUUGUAAAUGAUGCAUUAAAAAAAAAAACAUGAAGAAUAUAUAUAUAAAGAUCAGCUGUAUUUGCAGUUUGGGUUUUCUAAAAAUAAUCUUUAAAAAUAUUUUUUUAUGUUUUUCAUGUGGUGGUUUUUUGUUUUUGUUUUAUUUUUUUAAGUAUGGUAAACAUCUCGUAGCAAGAGGAUACAUUUUAAUAAAAGUUUUCAGCAAGCAUACAAAUGUCUUUCAAAUACCAGUAUUAGUUAUCAGAAAAUUAAGAGAUGUUGUUGGGGGAUGAUAAUACUACUUGUGACCAUUAGCUUGAUUGACCUUUAGUGGCUUUUGAGUAAUCAAUCUGUAAGCAUCAGACUAGAGACUUAGGAGGUGAAGAAUAAAUAUUAACUAUUUCAACAUUGCUUUACAUCUAAGAUUCUUUCUAGAAUCUUAAAUUGUUUUCAUUAGUACUAUUUCUUUUAGCUGCACUGUAACUAGUUCUUCAGUGUUAAACUAUUGCUGUGUGUUCAAAUGUGAACAGCUUGGGGUUGUUCAAUUUUAAAUAUGGGCCAGAGCCUCAGGUGCUAAGGAUCUGGCCCUAUAUCUAUAGAUCAGAUCAUAGACCAUAUGUUGUAAACACAGGUAACACAAACAAAAUAUUACUGUAUUUAAAUUAUUUUAAAAGUUAAAAUAUAUAUUUUUGUGCUUAUGUGGCUUUUUUUUUUUUUUUUUUUUUUUUUACUGCAGAGUCUACAUUUACAGAUAGAGUAUCAUCGAAGUAGUUGCUUGACUUCAUUGGCGGUCCUCUGUAAACUGUAUUUUUGAAUGUUUGAAAAAAUAUGUAUUGAUAACUUAGCUUUUUCCUUCAUUUACUACCAGAAAUGCUUAAACUUUCAACUGAUUGUCACCUUUUAAAGAAGGCACUGAUUACUCACAGCGUGUAAAGAGACUGUGCUGCAAUGUGAUGUUUGGGGAAAUGUGGAUCCUUUACUACACUACAUACAUAAAUUGCAUAGGUACUCUGAGCAAUACAAUAAAGAAUAAAUGUUUAAAUUC